AUGCAACCUCUUCUUUACCUGUGCGUGCGCGGCAUCAUUACUUGGUUUCUCUACAAGGAGCGUCGCUUCCGUACGUUUAGUGCAAGCACUGGCUCCGUGCUGUCGUGCGGCGCGGCGCAUUCCUGGGCAGUUUCUUAUGCCCUCGUCGCUGCCCUGGUGCUGCACGCCGCGCGUCUGUCAACCAAGGGUUGGAACGCCCAACUGCCCUGGUUCCUCCGCUUAGCUGAACAGCUGACAUUUGUAUGUGGCAUCGUAUGGUGGUUCGCCGGGGUCCUCCUCACGAUCAUUCGAUCGCUUCGCAUCGACCAAGAGGGCAUGGGGUUGCCACUGGAUCAGAAGGAAUCCAUCAUUCCAAGGUUGAUAGCCCUGUCGCAGAACCGCCGCAACAAAGAUUUCAUUGCUUUGGCUCACCGACUAAGCUUCGGCUGCAUUUUCUUGUGCAUACUCAUGCUUUGCCUUGGCAUCUUUUCCCUUGGCACCUCCGUGUCGAGCAGCGAGUUAGCAGCAUCAUUGGUCGCGCUAUGUUUUUGCGUGCCGCAUGCUGCUUUGGCAGUGCAGAAUCUCGGAUGGACAGGUGGCUCGGAGAUGGCGUUCCGCGCAGCGGCCAGUGAAGCAGCGAUGUUGGCACCACAAUUCACCGUCAUAAUAGCAUGUGCGGAUGCAGCUGGUCCGGCAAGUUGGUGGCAAGCCGUGCUGCGACUGGCUUCUUGGCUGCUGUUCGCUGCAGCGCUCGUGGUGGUUGCCUGGAUGCCGCCUCGUUUGCGACCACCAUCAGUCUGGGAGAUGUUGGAAAGUGUUGCUUUGGAUGUCAUUGCCUUUGCGAUGAUCACCCUGAGUAUGCCACACGUUCACAACGAUGGAAUGAUCCCAGUGAUGCUGGUCUUUGUGGUGCUCUGCAUCCUUUGCAUCAACUUUCGGGAGACUCGGGCCAUUAUCACUGAAUUUGUGGAGCCUAUCGUGCCCUUUCUGGCCACAGAGGUUUCCGAGCCACCUCCCGCGCACCUUCGCGAAGCGCUUCGGCGAAGUGCGCAUGGGCUCUUCGUCAUCAACUCGCUGUUGAUGUUGCGGCAAGCAAUGCAGCACCACGUAGCGCAAAGCCGCGCGCGGGAGAUUGACGACCAAUGGAAGCCACCCGAAGCUGAGUCGUGGGACUAUCGGCCAGAGCCCGAACUUGAGAGGGCUGAGGACAGCGAUUACUUCGGGGAGUAUGCGGACAGCGAGUCUUCGAUGAUGCCUUCGCAGGGUGACCUGAUGUGGGUGGACAGUUGGCCUAUCACGCUUGCGAUGCGCUGGCGCUCGGAGGGUGCCAAAGCCUCCGUCGACGGUGGGACUCAGGCGGAACCUUGUGAUUGGGAGCAUUGGUAUCCUGGCGGCCAGCUGCUCCAAACCGACAAGACCUACAACCUGCAUUAUUGUUGGGAGGAGUGCGAUCGAGACAGCCGCUGUCACUUCUGGGACUACGGCCUCGGUACCUGCUCACUGCGAGGAGAUGCAGGGGGAGGCCGCGAACAGAGGGCUGGCCAUGUUGGUGGGGCCUCUGGCUGCCUCUUGCAGGAUUCAACAUCGGAGCCUUCUCCGGAUGCGUGGGGCUUGAUGUCGCUGGCAUCCCGCGCGAUGGGCAUCGACGAGGGCGAGCUCGUGUUCCGCGACUUCGUUCUAGAAGGGAAUCUUCUGCUCUUCGGCCCGCAUGGCUUCGUGACUUAUCCUGAUGAAGAGAUGGAGGUCCUCCCCGACCAGGGGCCAGAAGCCUCGAAGCAACAGGAAGACAAGCCCAUAGUAGAGCGGUGGCAGCAAGCACUGCAGAGCCCCCAAGAGGACCUGGCGAAGGCGGUCGUCACAGGACCGGCCGCUUUUCCAGCCUCCCUCAGCGCGAAGCUCUGCAAGGAGACGAACGAGCACAGCAUGAACUCUGCUUCCUCAG